ACGUGACGUCAUACUCCUGCGACAAAUUCUUACACAAGAAAAAAGCCGGUUGAGUGGAGUUUUCCCGACGGUCACUUUCUUCUCGUCUUGGCCGGUUACAGCUAAAAUAACAAAAUGUAUUACAAAUUUAGUGGUUUCACACAAAGACUGACGGGAGCAGCGCCGUCCCCCGCAUACAGUCCCCAGGGCUUGAGGUCAAAUAUACCAUCUGAAUCCCCUACCAUAAUCUUUGCCACCCCAACUAAAAUCGUGUCUGAGUCGGGUGCUGUCAUUGAGUAUAUGGGUGCCAACAAGGUUCCAGACCUCCAGAGGAUAUUUCAGGCCUCAGAUGAGAUUCCUGUCCAUCUAAAGCGAGGUGUUCCAGACAGACUGCUGUACAGGACCACUAUGGCUCUAACAAUCGGGGGAGCUCUCUACUGUCUUGUAGCCCUUUAUAUAGCAGCACAGCCCAAAAACAAAUGAACUGUAUCCAGCCUCUUGAUAUCAACUCAUCUAAAUAAUACAUGUGCCAUGUACCUUUACUGUAUUUAUCAUGAACAUUAGCAAGGCCGUUCAAUGUGUCUCCCAGCCUCAAUCACCAUAAACAGGCACUCUGUCCUGACUUCUUUUAACACAAAAGAAAAAGACUUACUAGUGUGCUGUAUCAGCUCUGUUCUUUAAACUUAAAAUGGGAUGCUGUUAGUUUGUAUGUUUGGGUAUUAUGUUCUAGACCCAUCAUCCCUCUAGUAUACACAUGUAACAAUAAACCAUUCACUCUCAGCUGCAAUUAUUCCUUAUCAGCUCAGGUUGGUACAAUCUUGAUGUGUACUGGCUGAUCAAAAAUAAUAGACUGUGUGAAUGGUGCUUUGGUAAUAAUUAAGGAGGACUCUGACACUUAAGAAAAGGAUGAGAAAGAAAUUGAGGGUGAGACAUCAUACUUUUCAUUAGUGUUGAUUGGUGCUGCUGUUUAAUGUGUUUGUUACACACUUGGUCAUCAUAAGUGUGCCAUUCAAAUUAAGAAUGUCUUUAGGAAAACGUAUAGGACGUUAAUGAUGAAAGAAACGUGUGUGGAGCUGGAAUUGAGAGGAUUCUGUAAAUCUGGAGCAGUAUUGAAAAAUAAAAUAAAAAUGUACCUUCAUGUUGUUCCAAAUCUGUAUGACUGUCUUUCGUCUGUGCAACACAAAAGGAAGUGAAAUGUAAAAUGACAGCCUCAGUCACCAUUCACUCUUACUGUUUUGAAUUUUGCAAUCAAUUGAAGAGUUACUGAGGCUAACAUUCUAACAUAUCAUUUUGUGUUCAACAGAAGACAAAGCCAUAAAUGGUUUCAAACAACAAGCGAGUGAGUAAUUUUGGAUUGAGCUUUCCAUUCAGAUUUCUGCCAAUGUAUGUUAUGUUGUGCUACGUGGUCAUUCCACAGUCUUUAUUCGGUUAUUUUUAGUGCACUUGAGAACAAGAAAUGCUGCAGUGCCUAUAAUCCUCCAGGAACUGCUGGUACAGUAUUCAAAAGUUCCUUUGUUGUUUUGCCCCCCUAGGAUGUACAUUUGUUUAAUUAAAGAA